AUGAGCGGGGCGAGCCAGGGAGGCGGUGCGGGAGGGCAACCGACUGACGGAACCCCGGGGCUCGCCCAGGGCCCAGAGCCGGCGGCCACACGCGACGACAGCCGCACGCCGUCCUCCCGCGCUGACGAAGACGGCAUGCAGGCGCAGGACGCGUCGGGAGCGGCGACCGCGUCUGCCAUGGAGGAGGACGAGCCACCGGACUCGUUUCCUUCUGGCCCCGUAGAGAACGGCUGGGGCGCCCCCGGGGACUCUGACAGCGACCCCGGCCACGUACGUGAGCUGGAGGGUCCAGAUAGCCCACCAGAAGCCGAGGCGCUGGAUCCGUCCGGGGCCGGCAUCAGAGCCAUCAGCGCACUAGUGGAGAGCCUCGUGGGUGACAGUCCGCUCGGCGCGCAGCUCCUCGAGGACGGAACGGCCCUCCUGCGCAUGUUGCAUCGCCGCGUGGUGUCGACGGGAGCCGGCGCGGGCGUCCGGCAGGACAUGAGCGGCAGCGAGAGCUCCGCGGACGACAGCGACGACGAGUACGAGACGGACAUCGAGGACUGGGCGAUGGACCGCGACGAGGACUCGGGCAGCGAGAGCAGCGCGGCGGGCGACACGCUGGAGCCACGCGCGUCCGCCGGGGCGCUGGACCCGGGCGUCGUGUUCCAGCACACGUACCUCGGCGAUGUCGGCGACGUCGGCGGCGGGCGCACGUUCAUCGAGUCUGACAUGGAGCUGCAAGUCCCCCUCCUGCUGCUGCGCGACGUGGUGGUGUUUCCAGGAGACACCCUCCCCCUGCGGGUCUGCGUGGACCGGCAGCGCCGCGUCGUCGAAGCCGCGCUCACCGCCCCGCGGCCCACGCGCAACGUCCUUGGCGUCAUCAACCUCCAGGGCUACCGGACGACCGUCGGCCCCGCGGAGGUCGGGACGCUCGUCGAGGUCACCCAGCUGGAGCCGGCGGCCGGGGGCGCCAUGCAUCUGAUCACCCGGGCGCGGGCACGGUUCGAGCUGGUGUCGAUGGGGCCGCGGCCGAGCGCGCCGGAGCUGGACGUCACUGCACGCGUCCUGCCGGACGACGAGCCGCCGACGCUCCCGCGGGACCUCACGGCGCGAGAGUGUGCGCAUGUCCCGGCGCGGUUGUGGUCCAAGGUCGACCCCCCCGCCGUGGCGCGGCGCGUGCGCGCGCUCUACGCCGAGACCCUCGGCGCCGCGCAGCACCCCGGCGCGUCCGACCGCAGCGACGGCGUCGCCGGGUCCUCCGUCGACGGCCUCGCGGACUUCUCCUUCCGCGUCGCCAUGAAGCUCCCCGUCGACACGCUGGCGCGGCAGAGGCUGCUCGAGAGCCCCGACGUGCCCAGCCGGCUGCAGCUCGAGGAGGUGCUGCUGCGCAACCUCUCUGCGCUGCGGUGCGCGACGUGCAGCACGAGGAUCUCGCGAUGCAAGUAUCUGCUGCAGCUCGGCGGAGGCGAGGCCGCGGGGGGCGUGUUCGUGAACGCGUACGGUUACGUGCACGACAUGCUGACGGUGACGCGGACGCGGCACAUUCGGCUGCAGGGGUCGCCCGAGACGGAGCACAGCUGGUUCCCGGACUAUGCUUGGACGAUCGCGAACUGCAGCGUGUGCCUCGGGCACCUCGGGUGGCGGUUCUCGGCGGUGACGCGCGGGUGUCGGCCGCGGGUGUUCUGGGGGCUGCGGCGCGCGGCGAUCACGCAGCAGUCGUCGCGGGACGCGGGGUUCCCGGAGCAGCGCGGCGACUUGGUGGCGCGGGAGUCGCGGCUGGCGCUGGACUGGAUGAACAUGACGCGGGCGGACAGCAGCGGGUCGGACGACGACGUGCUGUGGGAGGAGGGCACGGACGGUUGA